UGUAUUUGGAACAAUAGUCAAGUGCAGUACACCGCUAGGAGCCGGCGACCGGGACCGUUUAUAUAUAUUUUAUUGCUCCGUAUGAUUGUACACAUAUACGUGAGACCUUGUGCGCGCGUGCGUUUUUACAUGCACACCGGAGCCGGUAAAAGUCGCGGCUACAACUGUGCAACACAAUUUUAACCAAUCAAUUUAUUAGCCCGACCUGCCGCAACCGUGAGAUAUGCGUUUAUUUUUGUAACAACCUCGUGUGACCAUAUAUAUUUGAGAAAAACGGCAUCAUCGGGUAAUGAAAAAGUGUAGCCAAUAAGAUGAACAAGUUACGGGGAAAUGCAUCAUCGGCAUCGGUGACCAGUUGCAGUCGAAGCAUCCCCGUGUCAACCGCACUCGGCCCCGACUGUCGUGGUCAUCGUCGCUGUAACCAUCAGGAGCAGCUCGACAGCGGCUCGGAGAGCGCUCCUCUGCUAUCCUCGAGUUGUUCCCAGCUCAAAGACAUGCUGCUGUUUCACCGGGGCGACUCCGAGACCAGCGACUUUGAUUCAAGCUUGGCCGGCAGCUCCUCCAGGGUCAAUAGAACGAUGAAAAGUCGUGGAAGGAGCAUUUAUAAUUCGAUACAAAAUAUCUUACUGCCAAAACGCUUGUUGUCUUCUCCCCCUUUGGGUCGUGACAGAGGGGUCCUGCUGGCGACGGCCCAUGCCUCGUUGCCCAAUAAUCUCCUGCAGCGCGACAACUGCUACGAAAUUUUGCUCUACGAGGACGAUGUUCUUGGUGCUAAUGAUUCUUGGGAUGAGAAAAAUAACGCGUUGGAUGGUAUCUUUGCGGCAUCCGGUCUACCGGUCAAAAUCAACGCAGACAACCACGCGAUAAAAGACGUCGAGCCGAAACAAAGUUCACUAGUUACGAUUUUUUCCGUGUGGAAUACGAUCCUAGGCUCGUCUUUGCUGACCAUGCCAUGGGGCAUUUACUUGGCUGGUUUCAUCCCCGCCGUAAUCCUCAUUCUCGCGAUGAGCGGCUUGUGCCUAUUCACAGCUCAUAAAUUACUACAAGUGCGCAAAUAUUACGGUGGGGUGGAUAAAAUCGAAGUUAUGGAACUCAGUCGAGUUUACCUCGGCUCGUGGGCCGAGCGUACCGCCAAAAUCUUCAGCAUCAGCGUACUCUUGGGUGCUAACAUAGCUUACUGGAUUUUGAUGUCCAAUUUUUUGUAUAAUUCCGUAAACUUUUUUUACGAUAUUUUCUCCGAUGCGCCGUUACUGUUCAGUCCCAACAAUAAUAGUACUAACAACGACAAUUUUAGUAAUAAAACCAAUGGAAACGUACUUUGUCCCAGGGAGGAAAAUUUCAACAAAACUAUGAACUACGAGAAAUCGCACGAUAGUCUGGGACCGAUGUGGGAUCUGUACAAAACAGUUCCGAUAAUCCUCGCUUUUCUGGUGUUUCCUCUGCUAAACUUCAACACGACGACUUUUUUUACGAAAUUCAAUUCCCUGGGAACGGUGUCAAUCGUGUACUUGAUGAUAUUUGUGCUGUCCAAGUGUGUCUCCUGGGGAAUCAAUAUGGAUAAGUCCGCGUGGGAAGACAGUUGGAUCCUCCGUUCGACGUUUCCGGUUCUGUCGGGCAUGCUGUCUUUGGCAUUUUUCAUUCACAACAUCAUCAUAACAAUCAUGCAGAGCAAUCGUAAUCAGACAAAAAACGGUCGCGAUUUGAGUAUCGCUUAUCUUCUCGUCACUGUCACUUACAUCAUUGUCGGAAUAACUUUUUUCGUUUGCUUUCCACUCCCAAAAUCAUGCAUCGAGGACAACUUGUUGAAUAAUUUUCAAAAAAAUGAUGGGGUCACUGUAGGAGCACGAGUCGUUCUUCUGUUUCAAUCGUUCACGGUGUAUCCACUUUUAGCUUACAUGCUGAGAAUUCAAUUAUUAUCAUCAGUUCUGAAAACCAGAGAGUGUCGUACUUCUUACGUCUUGUUUGUUAAUUUCGUCAUAGUUGCAAUUUGCGUUUUAUUUGCCAUAUUUUUGCCUCACGUGGGAACCAUACUAAGGUAUACUGGAGCUAUAAGUGGGUUGAUUUAUGUUUUUACUUUACCUAGUUUACUACAUUUGAUGAUUACACGUAUACAAGGGAAAAUUAAUACAUUUAACGUUUUUUGCUACCUGUGUGUGCCAAUUAUCGGAAUACUCAAUCUCAUAAGUCAAUUCUUUAUCAGCACCACAUAAAACGGAACUAUCGAACUACAAAGUUAAUAACUUUUAAAACUGUUAAACAUGUUGAUAGUGGUUUUGUAAUUUUAUAUAUUUUUUGUACAUAUACACACAGUAUAGAUAGGGUUUUACAUAUUGUAAUAAAAUUUCACUGUCAAGUAUUAUUCACUUUAUUACAGGAUAAAGAAAAAUAAAUAAUUUACUGACAGUGUAUAUUUAUUAUCAUAAUUACUGUCAUUAUCA